GAGACUGAUAGCAGCUUUCCAUUAACUGCUGCUCCUAUCAACAGAGAUGCCAUUGAAAACCACAAUCCUGAGGUGGACCAGCAGGAACUGGAGCAUCUCUGCAUAAAGGUGGAAAGUGAAAGAAUCUGGGUCAGCCAGGAAGGAGAGCAACUGAAUUUGAAGGAGGAGACUGAAGAUACCAGGUUUCCAUUAACUGUUGUUCAUAUAAAGAGUGAAGAUGAGGAGAAACCUCAACUUUCUUACUUUUAUCAACAACAAACAGAAGUCAGAAAUUUUCCAACCGGCACUUCAGCUGGCUAUAUAAAAGGGAAAAUUAAAGAGGAUGACUCAAAUGUGGAUUCAAUGACAAUCAACACAGGAGAGAAAGGUUUUGGUUGUGAUGCAUGUGGGACAAGAUUUUCCAUUAAGUCAGCUUUAAAUGCACAUAUGAGAAUCCACACAGCUGACAAUAUAAAAGUGAAAAAUAAAGAUAAACCUUUUGUUUGUGAUGUAUGUAGGAGAGGAUUUUCCAGAAAGUCACAUUUAACCUUACACAUGAGAAUACACUCUGGAGAGAAACCUUUUGGUUGUGAUACAUGUGGGAGAAGAUUUUCUAUCAAGUCAGCUUUAGAGAGACACAUGAAAGUCCACACAGGAGAGAAAGCCUUUGGUUGUGAUGCAUGUGGGAGAAGAUUUUCUGUCAAGUCGGCUUUAAAUACACACAUGAGAAUCCAUACAUCUGACAAUGUAAAAGUGAAAAUUAAAGAUAAACCUUUUGUUUGUGAUGCAUGUGGGAGAAGAUUUUCCAGAAAGUCACAUUUACCCUUACACAUGAGAACCCAUUCUGGAGAGAAACCUUUUGAGUGUGAUACAUGUGGGAGAAGAUUUUCCAUCAAGUCAGCUUUAAAUAGACACAUGAAAAUUCAUACAGGAGAGAAAGCUUUUGGUUGUGAUGCAUGUGGGAGAAGAUUUUCCAGAAAGCUAUAUUUAAAGAAACAUAUGAGGAGCCACACAGGAGAGAAGCCGUUUGGUUGUGAUGUAUGUAGUAACAGGUUUACAGAUAAGUCGGACUUAACUAGACACAUGAGAAUCCACACAGGUGAGAAACCUUUUGGUUGUGAUGCAUGUGGGACAAGAUUUUCCAGAAAGAUUUAUUUAAACAAACACAUGAGAAGCCACACCGGAGAGAAACCUUCUGGUGUUGAUGCAUGCCGUAAAAGAUUUACAGAGAAGUCAAAUUUAAAUAGACACAUAAGAAUCCACUCAGGAAAAAAACAUUUUGGUUGUGAUGCUUGUGGAAAAAUAUUUAUCAAAAAGUCACAUUUAAACUCACACAUAAGAACCCACACAUGAGAGAAACCCUUUGGCCGUGAUGCUUUUAGAAAAAGAAUAGACUUUUGGUCACAUCUAAAAACUACACGUGAAGCCACAUGGGAGAAACCCCAUUUGUGGAAAGUCUUUUACCACAUUCCUCACAACCAAAGUCACAUUUAAACUUAAACACGAGAAUCCACACAGAAGAGAUACUCUUUGGUUGUGAUGCUUGUGGAAAAAUAACAGGAGAAAUCCCUGUAAUUUCCCACAAAUGAAAAUUUGGGUGUGACUGUGAUAGUUAUACUGCCCAAAAAGGCAGUUAUACACCAAAUUACAAAUGCCAGAAAAGCUAAAAAUAAAACAAGAGCAAGUAUUGCACAGUUAUGGAUGGCAUGGCAUAUUUGGGUACAAAUUAGCUAUUAGGUCAAACGAAGUAAAAACAGCAGCUGAUUUACACAACAAUGUGCGAAAAAUGGCAUGAUAAAUGUAUAGACCAUGUGUCAGAGUAGCUAAAGUGUAUAGAAUUGCUCCUUAGCAUCUGUGAGACUACUGAUAGUUGGUCAAGAAAUGCAAUAUUCAUUUAAGUAGAGGGUUUACAACAGCUGGUUGACAACGAUGUAAAAUAAAUAUGCAAUAUGCAUGAUUGCACUAGCUACAUCUGGAGUUCUAAAAACCAUGUGCCUAUGGAUUUCAUCAUCUAUGAGACAAUGUAAAUUCAUGAUCAUGUGCAACCAUUAGCAUAUUAGCUCUAGUGCUCUGAGAAGGUUUCAAAUACCCGAUUCGAUCCCCGCAGACUGCUACUGUGGCUCCAUGAGCAAGACCCUUAGCCCCAGAUUGCUUUCCACGAGCUUUAAUGACUUCCCACUGUUCCCUAAAGGAAUGGAUUAAAUGCAAAAGACAAAUUUCAUUGGAAUGUAAAUGAUUAAAUUUGAUUUAUUCAUCUGCUUAUGUUUAGAGUCAUGGUCCUCCUGGAAGGUGAAACCCAGUUUUAACCCAGAGUCCAACAGGUUUUCUUCCAAGAUGGCUAUACAUUUGGCUCCAUCUAUCUUUUCAUCAAAUCUGACCAUCUUCCCUUUCCCUGCUGAAGAGAAGCACCUGGUGUUGCUACCACCAUAUUUAACAGUGAUUGUACAAACCACUCUAUAGCUUCAUAUAUGUAUCUUUUGAAUAAUGAUAUUUUUUCUGGAUUGAUUUCAUCAAGACAUUGAGUAUUGUGAUGAUCCUACAAUAUACCAUCUUUGGUAUCACUAUUACUGAUCUAUAAAAACAUUAAAAACUAAUGACACUUAGCCUGUCAGAAAGCCUAGUAGCCCACUAGGCUUAAAAAGCAGUGAGGCAACCUGUGGCAGUCAUCAGAGGACUUCUAAAGGUGGCAGCCUGGUGAGCAGAUGGAGAAGUCUGCUGUGUAGAGGGUGAUCAGAAAUUGUGCCAGCACAGUUACCUCUGGUGCUCCCAUACUGCAGACCAACCUGUCAGAGACAUGGUCCCAUGUCCUAACAUACUGCGGUCGACCAGGGAGGUAAUCCCGUAUCCAAAGGGAAAGUUGGUGGUCCAUUCUUGACUGCUCCAGCUGGUCCUUCAGGAGUCCUGGUUGGAUCAUCUUGAGAAAGCAGGAGAAAUCAAAGAAUAUGGUCCUCGUGGUGCUUGCAGGAUUCUCUAGAUGGGCCAGAACUCUGUGUAGCAGGUGUAAAUGGCAUUAUCAACCCUGAUGCCAGGCUGGUAGGCAAAACUGCAGGGGAUCCAGUGAAGGCCUCACCAGGGGGUGAAAAUGGUUGACCCUUUCAAGGGUCAUCAGGUGUGAUGUUAGUGCUGCCAGCCUGCAGCUGUUGAGGUCCCUGGGGUUUGUGGUUUUAUAUGCCACACAGGAGGUUUUCUAAAGCUGUGGUACUUUCCUCUAAGCUGACUCCGCCAGCUGUAUGUCGCUCCGCCUAGCUUCACUCACAUACAUCUGGGACAUUGCCCAUAGAGAGUGAUUU